AUGAACUUGUUAAACCGCAAAAAUGAUCUCAAUGCCGAUAAGCCAAGUUCUUCCGCAUCAACAAAGAAACGAGCUGGGCGUCCGAAGAAUUCACUGGCUAAGCCAAAAAAGGUGGAGAAGAAAAUAGAAGUUGCCAGUGUUGGGACACGAAAUAGAAAAACAACUCGAAGAUAUUCUCCAUCUCUAUCAUCAGAGAAGAAGAUCGAGCAAGAAGAGCAGCGCGAAAUACACAACAGUUUCAAAAACAUUGGAAAAGUUGUGAAGGAAAUCAGCAAACGUUUGGAAAAAAGAGAUUUCGAAUGCCCUCAAUUCCCGGGAAUUGUUCCAACAGCUCAUAAGAAAAUGAUGAAGGCUCAAGGUAUGUUCUUUAUUUGAUAAACUCUGUAAGACCCUACAAAACCUUUGAGCAAAUUUGUAGUAGAUUUUAUGCACUUCACACAUUUUAUAUUUAAUUGCCACCUUUAAAAAAUUGAUUUUUUUUCAGCUGAGAAGGCAAAACUAGAAGGAUCUCAACCUAAGCCGGUUUCAAAGAAAGUUGUCGAAACUCCAAAUAAAAGCAAACCGGCUGGAUCUCAACGCAAGCUGGUUUCAAAACAAGUUGUCGAAACUCUAAAAAGAAGCGAACGAGCUCGACGUCCACCCAAAAAAUUAAUCGAUACAUGA